UCCCUGACCCUCCGGACCGCCAUGGGGGGACCUGCCGCUCUCUACCUGGUGGCCGCCCUCCUGGCCUGCUUCCCCGCUGCCUCCUACAGCCAGCUGUAUGACCUCAUAACUCCCAACGUUCUGCGGGUGGAGAGUGAAGAGAAGAUCCUCGUGGAAGCUCACGGCCUCAACGGGCCCACGGAAGUGACCGUCACAGUCUACGACUUCCCACAGAAGAAGAAGGCCUUGUACCUGGUCAAAGCUACCCUGGACAACGAAAAUGGCAUGAUGGUGACGCCAAGCAUAAAGGUCCCCUCCAAAGACAUGAAGAAGGAUUCGAAGCAAAGACAGUACGUGGUUGUCCAAGCCAGCUGUGCCCAGUUCCAGCUGGAGAAGGUGGUCCUGGUCUCCUUCCAAAGCGGCUACAUCUUCAUCCAAACGGAUAAGACCAUCUACACCCCUGGAAGUGCAGUGCGCUAUCGGAUCUUUCCCGUGGGUUACCACCUGGAGCCUCUGAAUAAAAACGUGAUUGUCGAGUUUCAGACACCAGAAGGAAUCGUGGUCCACCACGCUUCGGUGGCCUCUGUUUCAACAAACACCCAGCCGUUCAACUUACCUGAGAUUGUGAGCUUUGGGACAUGGACGGUGACGGCCAAGUAUGAAGACUCCCCCCAGGAGACUUUCACCACAAAUUUUGAAGUCAAGGAAUAUGUGCUACCAAGCUUUGAAGUCAUUCUGGUCCCACACGAGAAGUUUUAUAACAUUGAUAGUGACGACAAUUUCAGAGUGUCCAUCACUGCAAGGUUCCUCUACGGGAAGAGAGUGAAAGGUGUGGCCUUGGUCCUCUUUGGAGUGAUUGAAGAUGGCAAGAAGCUCAGCAUCCCCGAUUCCCUUGACAGAAUUCCGAUUAUCGAUGGCGAAGGGGAAAGAGAUGCUGUGCUAACAAAACACGUGCUGCAAAAACAAUUUGCUGGCCCCGGGGAGUUCAGGGAUCUUAUUGGGCAUUACCUCUACGUCUCUGUGACUGUGAUGACAGAAUCAGGCAAUGACAUGGUGGUAGCUGAACAAAGUGGCAUUAAGAUCGUGACCUCCCCCUACGAAAUCCGCUUCACAAGAACCCCCAAGUACUUCAAGCCGGGAAUGCCAUAUGAACUGACGGCCUUUGUCACCAACCCUGAUGGCUCCCCAGCUCCAAAUAUCCCCGUGGUAUCGGAUCCCAUCGUAGCGGAGGCGCUUACCCAGAGCGAUGGAACUGCCAAACUUAUCCUGAACACGCCAGCAAACCAACAACAGCUGAGAAUCACAGUCAAAACCAGGCACCCGAAAGUCCAGGCCAAUGCACAGGCCAGCAAUACCAUCUUGGCCAACGCCUACCAGACCCAGGGACAGUCUGGGAACUACCUCCAUUUGGCCGUCACAGCCAGGGAGCUCAGGGCCGGGGAUAACUUGCCGAUCAAUUUCAAUGUGAAGACCAACAACCCAAAUGUGAUGAACCAGAUCCAUUAUUUCACCUACAUAAUCAUGACCAAAGGAAAGAUUUUCAAGACCGGGAGGCAGCUGAAGGCCGCGGGGCAGAACCUGGUGACGAUGUCUCUGCCCAUCACCCCGGAUCUCAUCCCCUCUUUCCGAAUUGUGGCUUACUUUCAAAUCGGGAACAGCGAAAUUGUGGCCGACUCUGUCUGGGUGGAUGUGAAAGAUACCUGCAUGGGAACGCUGGUGGUGACAGGUGCAACCGAUGCAGAUAACGAAGUCCACAGCCCAGGAUCAAGAAUGAAGCUCAAGCUGGAAGGAGACGCGAAUGCUCACGUCGGCCUGGUGGCUGUCGACAAAGCCGUCUACGUCCUCAACAAGAAGUACAAGCUGACCCAAGCAAAGAUCUGGGACACGGUGGAGAAGAGUGACAUCGGAUGCACAGCUGGGAGUGGCAGUAACCACGUGGGAGUGUUUCUGGAUGCCGGACUGGCCCUGGAGACCAGCAACAAGAUCACCACACCCCAAAGAACAGAUCCAAAGUGCCAGCAGCCCGCAAGACGCCGCCGCCGCUCUUUGCAGCUUCUGGACUCCAAGGCCAGCAAAGUCGCCCAGUAUCAGGACCGGCUGCUGAAGACGUGCUGUGAAGACGGCAUGCAGGACAACCCCAUGGGCCACAGCUGCGAGAAGCGGGCCGAGUACAUCCUCGAGCAGAAUGAGUGCAAGGCGGCCUUCCUGGAAUGUUGCCAAUACAUCAGGAGCAUCCGAGACGAGAACGCGCGGGAGGAACAGCUGGUCCUGUCAAGAAGUGACGUCGAUGAUGGUUUCUUAGCUGAUGACGAGAUUGUCUCCAGAACCGAGUUUCCUGAGAGUUGGUUGUGGCAAGUGGAACGUCUGACUGCACCUCCAAACGAACAGGGGCUCUCAUCCAAGACAGUGUCCGUUUUCCUGAAAGAUUCCAUCACGACCUGGGAAGUGCUGGCCGUGAGCAUUUCGGAGACUAAAGGGGUCUGCGUGGCUGACCCUUAUGAGAUCAUCGUGAGGAAGGACUUCUUCAUCGACCUGCGUGUGCCUUACUCGGUGGUGAGAAACGAGCAGGUGGAGAUCCGGGCUGUCCUCUACAACUAUCGGGAGGAAGACAUCACGGUGCGGGUAGAGCUGGUCCACAACCCGGCUUUCUGCAGCGCUUCCACCGCCAAGCGAAGAUACAGUCAGAUUUUCUCCAUCAAAGGCCUGUCCUCCAAGGCGGUGCCGUUCGUGAUUGUCCCUCUCCAGCGGGGACUCCACGACAUUGAGGUCAAAGCAGCUGUCUGGGGCCAGUAUGUGUCAGAUGGUGUCAAGAAGAAGCUGAAAGUUGUGCCUGAAGGGAUGCUGCAGAAGCUUACCACGGUCAUUGAGUUAGAUCCCCCUACGAAAGGAGUCGAUGGAGUCCAGGAACAGAAGGUCAUUGCCAAAAAUAUCGACGACAAGGUUCCCGACUCGGAAACCGUGACCCAACUCACCAUACAAGGAAACCCCGUGGCCCAGAUUGUCGAAGACUCCAUCGACGGGGCCAACCUGAACCAUCUUAUCGUCACCCCUGCCGGCUGCGGGGAGCAGAACAUGAUCACCAUGACGCCAUCAGUUAUCGCCACCCACUAUCUUGACGCUACCGGGCAGUGGGAGAAGAUCGGGGUGGACCGCCGGUCCGUUGCGCUCAAGCAGAUCAUGCAAGGUUACGCACAGCAACUGGCGUACAAGAAGGCAGACAACUCCUACGCUGCGUUUACUAACCGCCCGUCCAGCACUUGGCUAACGGCAUACGUCGCAAAAGUCUUUGCCAUGGCUAAGCCUAUCGAGACAAACAUCGAUGCCAAGGUCAUCUGCGGAGCUGUGAAAUGGCUGAUUCUGGAAAAGCAAAAGCCGGAUGGAAUGUUCCAGGAAGACGCCCCCGUGAUCCACGGGGAGAUGUUGGGAGGCUAUAAGGGUGCGGAACCGGACGUGUCGUUAACAGCCUUCGUCCUGGUGGCCCUGCUGGAGGCCAAAGAAAUCUGCAGACAGCAAGUCGACAGCUUAGACAACAGCAUCGCCAAAGCUGCUGAGUUCCUGGCCAGGAAGUACGAGACGCUGGAAAGGCCCUACACCGUGGCCCUCACCUCGUAUGCCUUAGUCCUCGCCGGGAAUGUGAACCACGAAAGGGUACUGAUGAGAGCAUCGACAGGUGGAGAUCGGUGGGAAGAGGCCAAUGCUCGCACUUACAACAUCGAAGGCACCUCCUACGCUCUUCUGGCCCUGCUGAAGCUGCAGAAGUUUGACGAGGCUGGCCCCGUCGUAAAAUGGCUGACCCAGCAGAAGUAUUACGGGGGGACCUACGGGCACACUCAGUCAACUAUUAUGGUGUUCCAAGCUCUUGCCCAGUACCAGACGGACAUCCCGCUCCGUAAGGACCUGAAUUUGGACGUUUCUCUUCUGUUGCCGGGACGUGCUGCUGCGAUCCACUAUAGAAUUGACUACGAAAACGCCCUCCUCGCUAGAUCAGAAGAGACCAAGAUCAACGAAGACUUCACCGUGAAAGCGACCGGGCAGGGCCAGGCCACCAUGACCGUAGUGACCUUGUACAACGCAAAACUCCGCGAGGAGGCUGCUCCCUGCAGGAAUUUUGAUCUGCGGGUGACCACCAAGCCCGUCCAGCUCCGUAAGGCAAUAGACGGAGUCCUUGGAGCAGUCGAGAUCGAAAUCUGCGCCAGGUACCUCCGUGAUACCGAUGCCACCAUGACUAUCAUCGAUGUCUCCAUGCUGACGGGUUACGGGCCAGCCACGGAAGACCUAAAGAGGCUUUCCCAAGGUGUGGACAGAUACAUCUCCAAGUAUGAAAUCGACACCGUCCAGUCCGAAAGGGGGAACCUCAUCAUCUAUUUGGACAAGGUUUCUCAUUUGGAGGACGAAUGUCUGAAAUUCAGAGCUUACAAGUAUUUUGAGGCUGGUCUCGUUCAGCCGGGAUCCGUCACGGUGUACAGCUAUUAUUCCCUAGAUGACCGCUGCACCAAGUUCUAUCAUCCGUCCCAGGGAAGCGAGCACCUCAAUAAGAUCUGCCACGGCGACGUCUGUCGGUGCGCGGAAGAGAACUGCUUCUUGAACAACCAAAGAGAUGAACCCGUCGACCUGCAGGAGCGAGUUCUGGAAGCCUGCAAGCCAGAAGUAGAUUACGUGUACAAGGCCAAGCUUAUUCGAAUUGAAGAAGAAAACGGUUACGACAACUACAUGAUGGAAGUUCUGGAAGUUAUUAAGGAAGGGAGUGACGUCAACCCGCAAGCCAGGCUCCGCAAGUUUAUCAGCCACAUGAAAUGCAGGGAGUCUCUGCAGCUGCAGGUGAACACGGAUUACCUGGUCUCAGGCCACAGGAAAGACCUGUGGCCCACCAAAAACGAUGUCAACUACCUCAUCAGCAAGGACACGUGGAUCGAGAGGUGGCCAAGUGACGACGAAUGCCAGGAGGAUGAGUUCCAAAACCUGUGCAACGACUUCCUCGAGUUCUCCAACAGACUCAGCAUUUUCGGCUGUGACAACUAACAGCGGAGACGUCGUCCGCGACAACUGCGUGAAGGCGGGACUGAGCCGACGAUGCAGAGAAGACACCUCCCAGCCCAGCUCUCCUGUUGUGCCCCCCACCUUGUUUUUAUAUAUGCAUUUGUAGAAAGAAAAAUAAAGAACAGAUUUCUGACUGUGA